GCAAGGGCGGUGCGGGGGCGGGGGCAGCACGCGCCGUGCGCUCCCGGGCUGCGAGGUCGGGCGAGGCUGUGGGCCGCGCGCCGCCGCCGCCACUGUCGUCUUCGGAGGCGCGGGCCCGACGGAAGCCAUGUUUGUGGCUCGCAGCAUCGCGGCGGACCACAAGGAUCUCAUCCACGAUGUCUCUUUCGACUUCCACGGGCGGCGGAUGGCGACCUGCUCCAGCGAUCAGAGCGUGAAGGUCUGGGAUAAAAGUGAAAGUGGUGAUUGGCAUUGUACUGCUAGCUGGAAGACACAUAGUGGAUCUGUAUGGCGCGUGACAUGGGCCCAUCCUGAAUUUGGACAGGUUUUGGCUUCCUGUUCUUUUGACCGAACAGCUGCUGUAUGGGAAGAAAUAGUAGGAGAAUCAAACGAUAAAUUGCGAGGACAGAGCCACUGGGUUAAAAGGACAACUCUGGUGGAUAGCAGAACGUCUGUUACCGAUGUGAAGUUUGCUCCUAAGCACAUGGGUCUUAUGUUAGCAACCUGUUCGGCAGAUGGUAUAGUAAGAAUAUAUGAGGCACCAGAUGUUAUGAAUCUCAGCCAGUGGUCUUUGCAGCAUGAGAUCUCAUGUAAGCUAAGCUGUAGUUGUAUUUCUUGGAACCCUUCAAGCUCUCGAGCUCAUUCCCCCAUGAUCGCUGUAGGAAGUGAUGACAGUAGCCCCAACGCAAUGGCCAAGGUUCAGAUUUUUGAAUAUAAUGAAAACACCAGGAAAUAUGCAAAAGCUGAAACUCUUAUGACAGUCACUGAUCCCGUUCAUGAUAUUGCAUUCGCUCCAAACUUGGGAAGAUCUUUCCAUAUUCUAGCAAUAGCAACCAAAGAUGUGAGAAUUUUUACAUUAAAACCUGUGAGGAAAGAACUGACUUCCUCUGGUGGGCCAACAAAGUUUGAAAUCCAUAUAGUGGCUCAGUUUGAUAAUCAUAAUUCUCAGGUCUGGCGAGUGAGUUGGAAUAUAACAGGAACAGUGCUAGCAUCUUCAGGAGAUGAUGGCUGUGUAAGAUUGUGGAAAGCUAAUUAUAUGGACAAUUGGAAGUGUACUGGUAUUUUGAAAGGUAAUGGGAGCCCAGUCAGUGGGAGUUCUCAGCAGGGAAACUCAAAUCCUUCCCUAGGUUCAAAUAUUCCAAGUCUUCAGAAUUCAUUAAAUGGAUCUUCUGCUGGCAGAAAGCACAGCUGAGUACAAGCUAACUGGAGUAACUUUGCUGUUUUGCUGCUUGUUGCAUGCACACAGGAAUGGAAAGCGAGCUCCUUUUCCCCUUCCCCAGCGCCGUUUGACCUCUCCCAAGAUACACCAGCAGCCUGCUUACUACUAAACGCAAUCCAAAAGGCCUUUAAAAAUACAGUGUAUAUUUUUUUGUACUAGUCAGUUUACUGACACUAUUUGAAACUUUUGAAAUAUAAAUGGAGAGGCUUUCUGUUGAGACAUUGUCACCAAAACAAUUUUUUGAAAUAUUCCUGAAACUAAUUUGGGUUUAAAGAUUAAAAGGGUUGUUACCAUUCUUAUCUAAGUAGUUGGGAGGAGGGGAAAUAUCACUUUAUUUCAUUUGGAAAAUAUAGACAUAUUUCUUUUGCUUUCUUAAAACAGCUUAAAAUGAUGAACUUUUAUAAUUUUAAUUUGAAGAUUGAAUAAAUAUUUUUUAUAAAGAUUGUUUUGAGUGAUUUACUUUUUGUAGAAUUGCUUUAUACAUGAUAUUCAGUACAACUCUGUCAUUUCCUUGUAGUAUUUAAAGAAUAUUAGUGAAGGAGUGAAUUAGUAAAGUAGUAAUAGUAAAAUGAAAGGAACUUGACUGUACAGUUGUAGCCAGGUUAAGCAUUUGGUAUUGUUUCAUUUACAAUUUGGAAGUAAGAUGGAAACACUUUUUUAUAAGUUUUUAAUUCAUAGUCACUAAAGAGAGAAAUGUUUCUUAUAUACAUUUGUAUAUUUUUAUGGUGUUUAUUCCAUUGGUUAGUUUCCUUCAAAUCAAAGUUUGGACACACACUAUUAAGAGAAGCCAUUAAAAUUUUACUAAAAUUGUGCAUGUAAAUUAAUGUCAGCAUUCCAUGUCUCAAGAUUUUCUUAAUUUAGUUGGCUGUUUAAAUUAGUUCAUAUCCUGUAAAGCUCUGACCUUGAUAACAAAGCUAUAAAUAUUUAAGCUUGCUAAAAUGUGUAAGUAUUACUGGUAAGUUACAAAAUGGAAGAAGAGUAACAGUAGGGCACAGUCAUUCUGUGAGUCCUUUCACUUCUCAAAAUUUGGUAGCUAUUCUAAGGCUUUUGCAGAAAAAUAAGUGUUCAGUGUUUGUAGUUCUUCAAACGCAUGUUGCAGUAGCCAGCCAUACUGUGUUCCCAGUAUCAUGUAUGCACUAAAAAAACUGUGUGCUUGCUGCUGUUGUGAGUGAACCAUUGCUUAAGAGAAAAAGCUUAUUAGAUUUGUAAAUGUACAGACUAGCAUCAGAUGUUUCUGAGAGAUUAGAAAAUGUUUUGAAUUUAUAAAAUUAAUGUUUUUCUUUGUAACAUUUAUAUUGAUUUUUUUUGACAUUUUAAGUUUAACAGAUUGUAUUCCUUUCAAGUUUCUAUACUUGCUUAAGCAAUCUUGAUUUGAGUAAGGGUCUUGAUUUGUGCUAUUAUGUUCUGUUAGUUUUGGCAUGAAUAUACUAAAGCUUUUUUUUUUUUUUUUUUUUUUUUCUAGCAUGUGUUUUCUCCUCUUUGGUUCUCUCUGUAUUUACUACUUUUCUCUUUUUCUUGUGUUUUUUUUUUUUUUUUUUUUUUUUUCCCUGUUUUUGUUUUGUUUGGUGUUUUGUUCCUGUCUUCAUUGUUUCAGGUAUUUCUUUCCCCCUCUGGAUUCCCCACGGGCUGGAUCGAGAUGGUCCAGUUAUGCCCAGCUCCUUCCUCCUCCUCCUCCUCCUCUGGUAGAGCACUCUUGCGAUGCUGACACUGCCAACCUCCAGUAUCCUCACCCUCGCAGACGAUAUCUCUCUCGGCCUCUUAAUCCCUUACCUGAGAAUGAAGGGGUUUAAAACACUGAUUUAACAUUGAAAGGCCUUAUUCAAGUGCUUGUAAAUGCUUUCAUUUCUGGCUGCUUUCUGUUUUUCUUCACUUUCUUUCAGAAGAUUUUUCUAACUUAGGGUCUGUCUUGCAUGUAUUACAACUGGAAUACGGUGUUUCGAACCUAAAUCUGUUUGUGCGUCUCCAUCAAAGGAACGUUGGCUUCACUGGGUGAUAACCUUUGAUGAAAUGAGAUAUGUCCAAGUAACGUUAACUGUGAAGUUACACACAGUAGCUGACUUCAAAGUGCCUGUUUUGUAAAUUUUAUUUUGAACUGUUACCAUAGUCUUAAGUUGUUUAUGCUUUAUCGGACUGGCUAAUGUGAAAGCAUAUUCUUACGAAGUUGAUUCUGUCUUUGAGACCUUAGAAAAUGGAUUUCAUUUUACAGGCUAAUGUUGCAACUGACUAGUAUGUAAAAUAAAUCAUUCCUGUGUAUAAAGCAGCAAAACCCAA